AUGAACCGGGACAGAGCGGUACCGGGGCCCGGAGCGGACGGGGUCCAGACCGUGAUAUGCCGGGACAGAGCCGUAGCAGGGCCCGUGGCAGACGCGACCCAACCCGUGAUGAGCCGGGAAAGAGCAAUACCGGCGCCCGACGGGGACGGGAUCCAGACCGUGGUGGGCCUGGACAGCGGGGACAUGCUGGACGGAGUUGCAGCCGGAGAGAAGCGGCUCUUCUCUAACGCGGUGGUCGGAGGCAGAGAUGCUCAGGCCGUGGAGAACCACACGGAACCUCCGCCGACAAACCCGGUGUUAGCGCCGCCACAGCAGGGCCCCACCGGGCACCGGACCACCUCGUUCUCCGUGCUGGACAUCCUGGACCCCAACAAGUUCACGAGCAGCCGGCGGCACCAGCAGCACGCGAGCCACCGGGGAGAGCGCGAGAUGAGCGGGUACGGAGCGGAGAACCGGAGAGGAGGCGCGGGGGAGCGGGAGCCCGGCCUGGAGCCCGGCAAGGGCUGCUACGGUACGGAGGAAUACCCAAGCAAGGAAGGCUUUGUGUACAGAAGCCCAGAUGAGGAUGACUACCACAGAUCCGGGACCCCGGACUCAGACGUUCCAGAUGGCCCCUACAGCAGUGAGGAGAGCAGCUCUGCCCUGCCCAGUAACGGAGAGAGGGACCUGGGCCAGCACAGCCACCAAGACCCCUCCAGAGACACCAAGAGCCCAGGAGGAGGGCCUGCAGGCCAGAUCUCCAACGCCCAGACCAACGGGGCCCAGGGGGUCAAGCCUAAGAGGAAGCGCUCUGGCUCAGACUCCAAGUCGGGGAAGCCCCGUAGAGCCCGGACUGCCUUCACCUAUGAGCAGCUGGUGGCGCUGGAGAACAAGUUCAAGUCCACACGCUACCUGUCAGUGUGUGAGCGCCUCAACCUGGCCCUGUCGCUCUCCCUCACUGAGACCCAGGUCAAGAUCUGGUUCCAGAACCGCCGGACCAAGUGGAAGAAACAAAACCCCGGUGCCGACACCUCCGCCCCCACUGGCGCUGGAGGAGCGGGAGGUACAGGGGGCGCAGGGGGAGGAGCGGGAGGAGGCCUGGGCAGCCUCAGCCCUCUCAGUCCGUCCCCCCCAGUCAGCGGGCACCUGGCCAUGCACGCUGGCUAUGCUGGCCACCACCACCCCCCCACUGGUAGCCUGGUCCAGCUGCCUUUCCUCACCGCCAGCCACGUCCUGUCCCCCUUCAUGCUGGGGACGCAGAGCUAUGCUGCCCCCGCCUUCUACAGCACACACCUGUAG